AUGAAUUUUGAAUUUGAGAGGGAGAUCGAGUUUAUAAAUAGCCAGCCUUCGCUCACAGAGUGCCUGACGUCUCUUCCCGCUGUUCUGGAGACAUUUCAAACUUCAUCAAUCAAGGACUCGACAUUAAUUCCUUCUCCUUUUGAGCAAACCACCCUCAGUCUGAAUCCUUGUUCUAGCAGCCAGGGAAGACCGAGGAGCCAAAAAAGAGCAUCUCAUGGCUUAUUCCAGUCCCAGCCCCAGCCUCUGGCACAGCCCGGCCGCCUAGCAGCGGAAUUCCCGUGGAUGAAGGAGAAGAAAUCUUCCAAGAAAGCUACCCAGGCUCCAUCCUCUUCCUCCUCUCCCUCCUCAUCAUCUUCGGUGCCGGUCCCUGCCUUAGGAUCUUCUGCAGGGAAACAAAUAAACCAACAAAAGAACAAGCCUACAAAUCUCGAAAGAAGAGUGAAGGGAGAAAGAAAGAAGAACACGCAGGGGCUGGCGGACACCAGCGGUUCCAGGAGGCUCCGGACCGCCUACACCAACACGCAGCUGCUGGAGCUGGAGAAAGAAUUUCAUUUCAACAAAUACCUCUGCAGACCCCGUCGGGUGGAGAUCGCGGCUCUACUCGACCUCACCGAGCGGCAAGUGAAGGUCUGGUUCCAGAACCGCCGGAUGAAGCACAAGAGACAAAUCCAGUACAAAGAAACCCCCGACGGGGACCUCUCCUACCCCAACUCGGACGAGGGCAGCGACCUGGCAGAGGAAGCUGAGGACAGUCCCGCUGCCGGGCCGGCCCCCCAGCCCAGUGGGGGAAGCACCAGGGAGCGAGGGGCCCGAGAACCCACAGUUCGCGGGGGAGCCCGACGAGGCCGCCGGCCUUUGGACCGUAACUAUCCCGGGAGUCGGGACUCGCCUUUGCUGCCAGAGCUGAGCAUCUUCUCGGCAGAGUCCUGUCUACAGCUCUCGGAGGGGCUUUCCCCCGGUCUACAGGGCUCCCUGGAGAGCCCCGUUCACUUCUCUGAGGAAGACCUGGACGUUUUUACCAGCGCACUUUGUACUAUUGAUUUGCAACAUUUACAUUUCCAAUAGUCACCCCCGCCUCGCCGCCUCUGCUCUUUCCAGGAGCACUAGCCCUGUCCCGAGCCACCGCCAGCUCCUCCCAGGCUCCUGAAAAGGGGAAGGAAGGGCACCCUCAAAAAGAAACCCAAGCCAUCUCUCAUUCAAUCACCUCAUCCACCCCUCCAGACGCUUUCUUUUAAAGCUUCUCACACCGUGGGAACCGAAUCCCCCUCUCAAUAUUUAUUCUACAAGGCUCACGUGAAAGAACAGUCCAAGUUUUGCUAAAUGCUGGUAUUUAAUUAUAGUUGGAGUUUUAAAAAUGUAUUUAUUUUUUAAAAAGCAUCCGCUAGUUCUCACACACACCAGAGACGUCAGCCCCCAAGAGAAAACGUUUGUAAACCCUCCAAGCUACUUUCUCAGGAAUCAGAACGAGACUUCUAGAUUUCUCAAUAAAAUAAAAUUAAAACUAAUAAUAAAAGCUAAACAGAUGAUUUUUCCUUCCUCCUUUUAAGUUUUAGAUGUAGAGUAUUUAUUAAAAUUCUUUAAUAGUA